AUGAACUGCAAUAAUAGCGGAAAGACUUACAUGGUUACGCUUGAGGGAACAAGGCAAAUGAACCUAGAUAAGAUCAUAAUACUGCUGAAACAGGGGAAGCAUAUACGGGAGGACUGUGUGUACUCACUAUGUAUUCAAGCGCAAGAACUUUUGAUGAACGAGUCGAAUGUUACGCAUGUAGACACUCCUGUGACAAUAUGUGGAGACAUUCAUGGCCAGCUACACGACCUGCUAACACUGUUUGAAAAAAGUGGUGGGGUAGAGAAGAGCCGAUAUAUUUUCUUGGGCGACUUCGUUGAUAGAGGCUUCUAUUCUUUAGAGUCCUUUUUACUUUUACUAUGCUACAAGCUAAGAUAUCCCGAUAGAAUAACACUUAUUCGCGGCAAUCACGAAACGAGACAGAUCACCAAAGUUUAUGGGUUCUAUGACGAGAUAAUGAGGAAAUACGGGAAUAGUAAUGUCUGGAGAUACUGUUGCGAAGUAUUCGACUACCUCUCAUUAGGUGCCAUAAUAAACGAACGAGUGUUUUGCAUACACGGCGGUCUCUCGCCAGACAUUACGACCAUUGACGAGAUACGGAGUAUCGACAGGAAGCAAGAGGUGCCGCAUGAGGGCGCGAUGUGCGAUCUACUGUGGUCGGACCCUGACGAAGUCGAUACAUGGUCUCUUUCGCCAAGAGGAGCAGGUUUUCUAUUUGGCAAGGGUGAGGUUGAUCAAUUCUUGCAAACGAAUAACAUAGAGCUCAUCGCUCGCGCCCACCAGCUAGUAAUGGAGGGAUACAAAGAAAUGUUCGACGGCGGACUUGUCACCGUGUGGUCUGCCCCGAACUACUGCUACAGAUGUGGCAAUGUAGCCGCGGUUCUCACGAUCGAUGGCCAGCUCGAGAGAAGCUACACAAUAUUUGAUGCUGUGCAAUCUCAAAACGGCAUGGGCCAUACCAUAAUACCCACCAAGAAGCCGCAAAUGGACUACUUCUUGUGA